AUGGAACAAAAAUGCAACUCUCGAGCAAGGCGGGAUGCUGCCAAGACGAGGAACGUUGACGAGGACGCAUCAGGGAGUCUGAAUCUAGUAAUUUGUGUGCCCAAGCCGGGUGUAGAACCGGUAAAAGGUGUACAUGCUCGUCGUGGCGACAUUCUUCGCAUGUGCGCGGCCGCCCUGCUUGUUGUCGCUGGAUGGACUAUUUUCAUGCAACUGCACAAACACUACAGCUUUUUCUACAAAGAUUGUGACCUCUGA